AAACACUACCCCUCUUCUGUCGAUAUGGCUCAAACUCAAGAAGUCGAUCCAGCAGCCAUCCUGCCUGACGACGUAACUCAGGAUACUGACUCUUCCCUUGGCGAGGAUCUCCAGUCUUCUACGGCGAGUGUCUCCAGCUCGAUCCUGAAUUAUCGUCGUGAGAACGGCAGAACAUAUCACGCUUACAAAGAUGGAAAAUAUGCCUUACCAAAUGAUGAGGCUGAAAAUGAGAGACUUGAUCUUCAACAUAACCUGUUUCUGCUCACUUUCGACGAUAAACUCGGCUUAUCACCGCCAAACAAACCAGAUACCAAGGUUAAGCAUGUUCUGGAUGUCGGGACAGGCACUGGCAUCUGGGCUAUCGAUUAUGCGGAUGAGCACCCUGAAGCUCAGGUAACGGGGGUUGAUCUGUCGCCAAUCCAACCAGACUUCGUCCCACCGAACGUGAACUUUGUUAUCGAUGAUAUUGAAGAUGAAUGGACUUACAGUCAGCCAUUUGACUAUAUCCAUAGUCGUGUCAUGACAUCUUGCAUUGCAGACUGGGGCGAUUAUCUCAAGAAGUGUUUCGACAACCUUGUCCCUGGUGGCUAUCUCGAGGUCCAAGAAGUCGACGUAAAUAUGAAGUCAGAUGACGGCAGUCUCCGCCCGGAUAACAUCAUGCUUAAGUCUCUUGCCCUGCUGAAUGAAGCGUCUGUUAUGUUCGGCCGACCAUACCUUGAUAUCCUUUCUCUCGUGGACAUCAUGAAAAACAUCGGCUUUGAGGAUGUUGUUGUUGAGAAGUUCAAGUGGCCCAUUAAUCCCUGGCCCCGAGACAAGAAAGCCAAGCUACUUGGAAGUUGGUGCUAUACCAACAUGGCUUGCGGUCUUGAAGCGUUCACGAUGGCACCAUUGACUCGUGCUCACGGAUGGACACCCGAGGAAGUCAAUCUCUGGCUGGUCCAUCAGCGGAAGGCGAUGGCUGAUAGAAACAUUCAUGCCUACUGGCCGCUCUAUUCGAUCUAUGGAAAGAAGCCAUCAAAGGAGAACUAAUAGGCUGGAUGUGCCGGGGGAGCAAGAAACCAAUGUUAAAUAAGGGUGUUGAGAAAAAAUGGUCUAAAUUUUUACUGGCAUACACCAAACUUAUCUAAGUCUUUUCUUGAUUUUGGAUAGAGAUCUUAAGUUUUUCUUGCUCCUCCGGGGCUUGGUAGAAUUGCCCACCAAAUGUAAAGGUUGGCUUUAGCCAGGUAAAUGGAUGUUAGCCUGGGCGGAAUUCCGCCCAGUGGGGUUGCACCAGGGAUAAAGUCAACCAAAUCGACACAUUCUCGUCCA